GUGGUCCUGAGCCUCCCUGCACCUCAAGACGCCGCAGCAGAGGACCCAGGCCUAAGUCCUUGGCCACCUUCCCGAUGGCGCUGUUGCGCAGAUUCCUCCAUGAGGUGACCAGGGUGCCUCGCUCCUGGGCCGGCUCCCUGGCCAGUAGCUGUUUAUCCGAUCCCAGCCUCUGGGACCGGCUCCACGCCCAGGAGCUGCCCGGAAGUGCCCCCAACUUCGACUGGUUUUUUGGCUACGAGGAAGUUCAGGGGCUGCUCCUGCAGCUGCUACAGAAAGGGUCUCCCUUGGGGCCAGCAGUGGCCCCACUCAAGGUGCUGGAUGUGGGCUGUGGGACCUCGGACUUGUGCCCCGGACUCUAUGCCAAAUGCUCCCUACCUUUGAAUGUGCUAGGGGUGGACUUUUCCCCAGUGGCUGUGUCCCGCAUGAAGGCCUUGCUGGAAGGGGAUGGAGACCACCCUGGGCUGCACCCCAGGCACCCUGCUUCCCAGCUGCAUUUCCUACAGGCCGAUGCCCGAUGCCUGGGUUCUGUCUGCCCUUCUGGGUCCUUCCAACUGGUGCUAGACAAGGGGACCUGGGAUGCUGUGGCCAGGGGAGGCCGAGCUGGGACAGAGCAGCUCCUGUCUGAGUGUUUGCGGGUGCUGGCUCCCCAAGGCACCCUAGUGCAAUUCUCAGAUGAGGAUCCAGAUGUUCGCUUGCCCUGCUUAGAGCAAGGAGCUGGCAGUCGAUUGGUAACAGUGCAUGAACUGGGACCCUUCAGGGGACUCGACUAUUUUGCUUACUUGGUCCAGGCAGCUCAAUAAAAGGAAUCUUCCCUAUUCUAUUUGUAUGUCAAGUUUGAGGGUGAGUAAUAACUUUGCCCUUGGGAUGGGGGUGGGAAGGGGGAAGUUUGGCAUCAUCCUUUAUUUUCCAAGUUGGUUAAUGUGUCCUAGCAGGUCACAUUGGUAAGGGGAACCACAGAUGGGGCCAUGAUUCAGGAAAUAAGGGAAGGAGUCUUAUCUUGCUCACCAGAAAUCCAUGAAAUUUCACUCUCCCCCCAGGUUUCUUCCUCUUCUUCCUGUUCCCAGUCAGAUCCAGGAUUGAUGGUCCUUAGAGGGGAUCUGGGAUCCAAGGGGCACCAAGCCCAACCUGGGGUGGGAAAAUGAUGUUGACAUUUUCAAAGUGUUUUAAGGUAGUCAAGAAAGCCCUUUACGGUCAACUCUGAUUUGAAUUCUCCCCAUUUACAGUUUAUGAAACUGAAGGCUCAAAAUAACUGACUUGGCCAAGAGUCAAAUACUUUUUCAAAAAAGUUUCUGGGGUAGGAUUUGAAUCACUGUCUUCCUGACUCCCUCCACUUUGCCAUGCUGUAUUAAAAUAUUCAUCCAUUUCUCUCAUU